AUGUUCAAGCCCAGCGGCGAGCGUCGUCCGCUCCUCAACCGAGUGAAUCGUCCUCCUCGCGGUCGUCUGUACGACAGCGGGACGGUUGCAGUCCUGGGAGCGGCGCGAAGCGACGCAAGUCCCUCCUCGCUAGCCUGGAACAUCGGGGAGAGCACGCUGCAGAGCGUCCUCGACGUCAUCCGUCGGCAAUGCGGGUACGUCAUACCUUGGGUCGAUUUUCUGAGGUUCAAGCCCAGCGGCGAGCGUCAUCCACUCUUCAAGAGAAAGUGUCAUUCUCCUCGCGGACCCUUGUACGAUAAGGAGACGGCUGCGGUCCGGGGAGCGGCGCGCAGCGCCGCGAGUCCCCAUCUCGCUGCCGAGGAGAGCGCGUCGGGCAGGAUGUCGAGAGGGGCACGCAGGGAUUUGGAGCGCCGAAUUCUCGAGGCCCAAGCCCAGCGGCGAGCGUCACGCGGUGCAGAAGAUAUUGCACCGACGUCCCCGCCAUUCGACGCCUUCGAGCGAAGCGGUUGCGUAGCGAGGGCGGCGGCGCGCAGCGCCGCCAGUCCCGAUCGUGCUCUCCUCCCACUCCACCACUUGCCAGCCUCUGUCUCAGUGCCGUACGAGACUGAACGCGUCCACGCCGCUCACCGCGUGUUUCCAACGUUGAGGUCCAGAGAAGAGGGGCGCGCAGCGCCCCGCGGUUUCCCGUCCGAGUCGCCUGCGGCAUUGAGGACGACGUUCUUCUCGUGCUGGCGCGCUCCCACUCGUUGGUGGAACGUUCGAGGUGCGCGUCGUGCCGUCGUGGCUCGCAUAGACCGCCUCGAUCUUCCACGAUUACGCCGUGGAUUGGGACGUCGCGCGUGCGCGUUCGUCUCCCGUGUGCGGCGGUUGUCGAUGCACCGUGCCUGCAUGAUGUCUACGCUUGAAUUUCCGCGCGUCCGGUGCUGGGCGGACGUCCUCCGCGGAUCGUCGCUACUUCCCGCCGAAGGCUUGCGGUCGACGCUGGAGCCUUCUGCUGCGGGAGUGGAUGUUGGCCUCCCCCCGGCGUCUCGUCGAUGGGACGCAGAGGUCGACUGCGCCCCCCCUCCGCUGUGCAAGCCUGCACCAGGCGUCGAUCGUCGCCGAGAUCCACGCGGUGAAAGCGUACAACGCCGCCGAGCGCGUUUGAAGUCGGUGCGACGCGCACCUCGCGGGGCACGGCACGCGUCUGUGUGCUUGUCACACGAGCACUCUCGCGGUCGACGCCAGAAUGCGCGGCGCGCGGUGUCGUUGGACGGCGAUGUGGCCGUGUCGUCGCCUCUGAGUGCGCUGCAGAGAACGAAACGUGGGGCGUGUGUGGUGGAGGGCCUUGUUGAGGCUUGCCUGUGCUGUUGCGGGCCCCGGGCUCCUCAUCGGCCGCAUUCUGCGUCCUCCGCAUUCGCAAUGGGCAGGCUUUCUGGACGCGAAGACUCACCGGAGAUCGACUGUCAAGCACGCGAGCUGCAAAGUACGAUGGGCGCGGUCUCGCGCGAUCUCCCGCAGAAGGGAUGGUGCGGUGUGAACUUCGCGCCGUCCUCGCGAGCUCAUCUCCUUGGAACGGCACGCCUCGGUCGAGUGCACGAGAAGCCAUCCUCUGCGCGCGAGAGUUGUCGAAACAGAGCGUACGGGCGGCGGCUUAGCGCGGCAAAGGGGAGCUGA